AUCUCUCUCUCUCUCUCUCUCUGUUGAUUAGUUUUUUUCCCAAUUUCUGAAGAAAGAAAACAAGAGCAGAGCAUAGCAGAUCAGAUGAGAGUUCUCCUUCGAUUUCUUCACUGUUGAAGGGCAACUGAACAACCAGAAAAAAAUUCAUUUUCUCGAUCGAGUGGUUUGAAUUGAUUUAGUUCGACUGGGAAGCUCGGAAAAUGGGGGAUUUUAAUCUUGCUUUGGUAAUUGUCGCGAUAGUAGUCUGUGUUCUGGUUUUCAUCUUCAAUGUGUACCUUCUUGUCAACUACCAGCAUCCCGACGAUGUGAACCAGGCAUAUUUUCCCAAGUUCGUCGUUGUUCUUGGCCUCUCGGUUGCCGCAAUCUCCAUUUUGAUGCUUCCAGCCGAUGUUGCUAACCGUCAGGCCUGUCGGCACGCGAUUUACAGUGGUGCUUGUAAUCUUACCCUGCCCAUGAAAGAGCUCUGGCUCAUUGUCUACAUCGUUGAUGCCGUUCUCGUCUUCUUUGUUAUCCCCUUCGCUAUGUUUUACUACGAAGGCGACCAGGACAAGAGCGUAGCGAAACGGAUAAAAAGCGCAUUGCUGUGGGUCGUGACGACGGCCAUUGUUUGUGGUCUAGUGCUUGGAAUUUUAUACGGUCUGAUUGGAAAGGUGGACUUCACUGUUAGGCACCUCUCUUCAUCUGCAACAAAUUUUCCAAAUACUUGGGAUUUUUCAAGUAGUCAGCCAUGCAUUGGAAGUGGCUUUCACCAGUGCUCUGCAUACUCAGCAAGUGCUUCAUCAGAGAAAACUUGGACUAUGCGCACAACCUUUCCAGAAUAUGUAGUUGCUCUUGCCACCAUUGUUGGAUCAGUGCUUUUCUCUAUAUUUGGUGGUGUUGGUAUUGCGUGCCUACCUCUGGGGCUUAUUUUUUCAUUCAUUUGGCGUCCAAAGGCUGUUAUUACUCGCUCAGAAUAUAUCAAGGAGGCAACUGAGCUGGGGAAAAAAGCAAGAGAAUUGAAGAAGGCUGCUGAUGCACUUCAUCAGGAAGAGAGAAGUGGUUCUAAGGGGAGAAAAUGGCGUAAAAAUGUUAAGACUGUUGAGAAGGAGUUGCUUCUUUUGGAAGAUGAUGUCAAGGUUUUGGAAGAGAUGUAUCCACAUGGAGAGCAGGCUGAGACUACUUGGGCUUUAACUGUUCUUGGGUACUUGGCAAAACUUGUAUUGGGAAUUCUAGGGUUAAUUGUUUCAGUUGCUUGGGUGGCACACAUUGUGAUAUAUCUAUUGAUUGAUCCUCCUCUUUCUUCUUUCCUGAAUGAAAUUUUCAUCAAACUGGACGAUAUCUGGGGCCUUUUGGGUACGGCAGCAUUUGCCUUCUUCUGUUUCUAUCUUCUUCUUGCGGUGAUUGCAGGGGAAAUGAUGCUUGGUUUAAGAUUAGUUUUCAUAACCAUUCACCCCAUGAAGUGGGGAGCAACCCUCAUGAACUCGUUUCUUUUCAAUGUGGGACUCAUUCUCCUUUGCUCCAUCAGUGUGAUUCAAUUCUGCGCAACGGCGUUUGGUUACUAUGCUCAGGCAACUGCUGCUCAGGAAAUAUUUGGACACACAUUGCAAUCUCUUCGUGGAAUUAAAUAUCUUUAUAAAUAUAAUGUGUUUCAAAUUGCAUUUAUUGCUUUGGCUUGUAUAACAUUUCUUUACUAUGUGGCCUUUGGAUGGAAAAAGAGAAAACCAAGUGGCAGGUUUCAUCUUUCCACUUGAAACAAUGGUGCCUCCUGGAAGAGAAUAGGGCUUCAGGACCUCAGAAUUCUCAGAGCUUUAUUUCAUUUCGCAGUGAUAUUCAUAUUUGGGUGUUCACGGCCUGAUUUUAUUUCCAUAUGUUGAUGUCAAGUGAAGUAGGCCAUCUCACCCAAGUGUAAAUUGGUUGCUACAAUUCAAGUAGUGGUGGCGAGUGCUGUUACUGCUUCCACUCUCCUUGUACCACUUUUCUCUCUUAUUUUUCUUCACCCUUCUAUGUAAUCUUUCAUGGUUGAUUUAUUGUGCAAGUUGACAAGGUGCUUGCGAUGGCGAUAACUUAUAGGGGGAUGUGGGACUUGGGUUUGGAGAAUCACAGCUACUGUAACGUAGAUCUAUCUGUCAGGAACUAGAUUUCUUUUUUGUAUGUGCGGCUGAUCAGUAUGUUCAUGUAUAUGUACAAAUGAGAAUGACUUUGUACUGCAAUUCUUUUUAAGGUUUUGACCAAGGUUUAAAGAGUUUGGGAAGAUGCA